GAUCGGAUGCUCCGUGUUUCUCGCCAUCAACGUUCUGAUUCAUGUGGACGGCUGCUCGAUCAAUCCAAACCGUUCCUUGGGGCCGGCGCUCGUCUCGAAGCUUCGUGGCUGUGACAACUUCACAGAAGGUGGUAUCGAGGCGCUUUGGAUGAUGUGGGUUGGGCCAUUGUUGGGGGGGCUCUUGGCUGCUAUGGCGCGCAUGUUCUUCUCCCCUCAGGCGAAGCUGCUCUCUGACCAGGUGAAAGUCUCUUGGGGCAGCCGCAGAUCAGACACCGGCUUCGGCGAAGAUUCUUUCGGGAAGGUGGACAUGAAGGCUGCCAUGGCAGAAUUUGUCGGCACCAUGCUUUUGGUGUUCAUUGGCUGCGGAGCCGCCUCCCUGAACGGCGCCGACACACCCGAGAAGAAGUUGGUGAUAGCACUUUGCUUCGGCAUUGGGGUCAUGGUCUUGGCUUAUGCCACUGGCCACCACAGCGGCGGGCAGCUGAAUUGUGCGGUGACCUUCUCGCUCUGCCUCGGCGGAGCCGUUUCCUGGCAACAGAUGCUGCAUGUCUGGAAAGCCUCUGGCAGAGAGCUGGCUGCUGUUAGACUGGAAGAGCUGAGCGAUGUCCGCGCUCUGAAGCGGCACUUGCAGGAACUCUGUGGGGUGCCGAGAUUCCGGCAGAUGCUCCUCUACGACGGCAGGAGCUUAGAGGACGAUGUGAGGCUAGAUAUGCCACUGGACCUGCAUCUUGUCUUGCUCUCCUUCCCCUGCGACAUCACGAGCGAAAUCAAAGAUCAGCUUGUCAUCGCCGCUGGUGAUGGUUCCGUGUCACAGGUUGAGGAGAUCCUCCGACAACCACAGGAUCCCAACUGGGGGAAUGCUUUCGGUCAGACGCCUCUCGUCGUGGCCUCGGACUUAGGGCACCUGGAGGUGGUCUCUUUGCUUUUGGAGGCCAAAGCCGACCCAGACCUCCUUGGUUCGGCAGAAGGUGAUGGAGAGCAACAGACACCCCUGUCUCUGGCAUCCACAGAAGGCCACCUUGAGAUAGUGCGCAUGCUCUUGGAAGCAAAUGCAGACCACGGGAUCUUAAGUGGAUCCCACGAGAGGACGGCACUUUACCAAGCUUCUUGGCACGGACACCACGAGGUCGCUCGUGCUCUUCUGGACUUUGGUGCUGAUGUGAACCAGAAGGAUGGGUGCUGUCACACUGCUCUUCAGGCUGCUGCCAUCCGUGGCUACGUGCGCAUGGCGCGCCUGCUCUUAGAUGCCGGGGCCAACGCCGAUCUGGAGAGCUGCUUGGGAGACUCGCCUCUCCUUCGCGCAGCACAGGAAGGCCAUGUGGAGGUGGUCCGGCUGCUGUUGCAGACUUUGAAGGAGGAAAACCUCAGCUCCCGGCAUUUCGAUGUCGUCCGCUCUCUUUUGAAGGCUGGUGCUGGCCAGCGUCCUGAGAUCGCACGGCUUUUGGUCGGCGUUUUGGAUGCAGUGUCCUUGGCUCCCAAAGCUGGUGCCUGUGGAUCUCUGAGACCGGACGUGCACUAA